AUGAAAAUAUACCUAUCCGUAAUCACGGUGGAAGUACCGGUAUUUCGAGCCGUUUGUCUGACCCUGCUCAUGGGCACCGUCCUGUCAUCCGUAGCUUCCGAAACUAGUGAACAGAAGUCUGAGGCAGAUUUCACAACCACCAUCCCGAAAGAGGGACUCGAGAGGGACUUGGAGCAAGUGUUUUCCCUCGGACCUUCCGCCACGCUCCAGGUCAUCGACGAAACCGGGAAAGCCAAGUAUCUGCCGGAACCCAGCCAAAGUGAUGAUGAAGCAUCGUCGGGCCCGUACACCGCCGCGUAUCGAUUUGAGAACGGAACGUGUGAUUUCACCCAGGCUGUCGACUUCAAGGCUGCAUUUCCUGGGUACACAAAACCACUAUGGGUUCACGAAGAGUCGGAUUCGGUGGAGAGUGAGAAGGUAUCCGUGGGAGGGCCUGUGAGGUACACGUUUACGAGUCCUCCGGAGGAAUAUCUGGGUGGGGGGUUGAGUUUUUGUGUGAGGUUCAAGACAGUGGUUGCCAGCAACUCAGGGUCAACGACGACGACUCGGGCACCCUCAGUGUCCAACUCUUCGGAGGAGGACAAUUCAAGCUCCUCCGGCAAACCAGGCGAAGGGACCAGCGACACGGAGCCGGGUUUGUCACCUGGCGGCGACGGUUCACUGUCAGGCCCGGGGAGCUCUGCUCCGGGACCUGUCCCUGGGGAAGUAGAGGAUAGUGACAAACAUGAAGCAGUGCCCAAACUAGACCAAGCUGUCUCCGAGCAAGAAGUAGCAGCAGCUACCGGCAGCGGUGGAACUACUCCUGCAGCCCAGCCGGAGGCUCAUGCCGACGAAAUGAACCCGAACCGGUCAGAAUUACCAGCUUCCGCAGGAGCUGAUGAGAAAUCAAUUCAUGAAUCGCAGCCACAAUUGUCACCUCAUGUCGGAGCGUCAACACAUCCUGUGGCAGCCUUGGAAAAGGAGGAUUCCGAAGUUAAUGAUGAAAAAGCACGCAUCAAGCAAAGCCAUGAUCUUGAGAGUAGUAUUACCGAGCAGGGUGGCGCUCGGUUGAGGCGCCUCAGUGAAACUGCUGCAAGGAAAGAGGCGUACUUGACCAUUGUGGUGCACUCCUCCGCAUGGCAGUUUGCAGCUAGCACUGGUGCACUAUCAACCUUUCUCGUCGUCAUCGCAGCUACACUGCUGCCCAUUUCUUAA